CCGCUCUCUCGUGGAAUGCUCGGCCAGCAUCAUGUGCCGGCUGACUUGAGGCAGCAGCUAACGCUGAUGCACGCUGCUGCCUCGUCGACCGGUUAGCCAAUAAGGCGCAAAACAAGCCCAGGCACACACGGCACACAGCAAGGCAAGCCCAGACCGAGCCAUGGGAUUGGUUGCAGCCAUGAUCGACGAUGAUACGUAGGUAUACAGUAGGUGUCAGGGUGUCAGACAUGUGCUCCCCGCAGCUCUCGGAAGUUAGCCUCAGCUCCAUGGCUAGGCUGCAUCUGCAGUGCUCCUUCUCAAUUUUAACCUUGACUCUCACGUUGUUCACUUUGACCUACCUAACAACAACGCUUUCACUGCUCUUUCCUUGAGCCUGCACCCGUAUGACGGGGUGGCUAUAAAGCUCCCUGAGCCGCACCGUCCAAACCCUUCUAGGCACCAGCGCGCAACAUGGACAACCUCACCUUCCUUAAGUGGAGCCCUGCCGGGACCGCAUCUCUGUUCAUACUCACCCCAGAUGGAUCUGCCUCCACUCUGCACGGCUUGGACGUGGCUAUCAUCAGAGAUCGAUGCCCUGUCUUGGCCUUCUCCUUUGAAGCAGGCGCGAAAGGUUUGAUGAAGUCCAGUAUUGAAGCAAGCUCAUACCGCGCCGCCAUCUGCUUCCUCCGCUACAUCUACACCGGGGACUACGCUUGGAGCCCUGACUUCCUCGCCCAUGACCCCUCUCUUCUCAUUCACGCCGAAGUAUGCCACCUUGCCGACAUCUUUGAGUGCCCGGAGCUUCAGGUAGCCGCCCACAUGAACAUCAUAGGGGCCACCGAAGUGGCUUGCAGCUUGCCGUCCCCUCCCCCGGAUCUUUGCGAAGCCAUCCCGUUCUUCUACCAAUAUUUAUCCGCUCAGAGGCCGCUCAUUGAUACGAUCUUGCACUACUGCGUCUCAUGCUUCACCUACCACAAACUUAGCGAGGACCCGGACUUUCGGAAACUUGCAGACGAGCACACACAAUUCCAUAUGGAUCUUUCCAGGACGAACGCCGAAAGGAACUUUGAGGACCCGCAGAUCUUCCAGCUCCCUGGCCCGAAGCGAGAUGUCGAAGACCUGGGCGACUUCUUUUACCACAUGUGGUCCGAUACUCCGGACGAAGGAAGGCAGGAGCGUCUACGUGGACUAGCGCACCGUCCGAAGAGACGCAGAACCCCCAUGCCGACAUCUGAAACGGAAGAGUCAGCAUCGGAAGUCGAUGGCUUCACCUUGGUCCACCGGCCAAGGCGUGGGGACAUCAAUGACACUGUAGCAGUUGCUACCUCCUCGGAGACCUCUGCAAACUCUACCGAAGAAUCUGGACCGGAAGACGAACACAAUUUGGCAGGUUCUUACCUUACCAUCAAACCGAAUUCUUCACAGCCGGCGGGCCAAAUUCCGAAGCUGGAGAUUGAAAAUGCCAUCCCUGACGGAGAAGUCUUCGUCCUGGAGCUGGAUCAGCCUGCAGUUGCAUCUAGUAGCUCAUCGCAGCCAACUGACCAAGAACCCUACAGCUCCGAGUCCGAAUGGUCUCUCGUUGAUGUUGGAGAUACAGAUUGAGUUCUCUACAGCAUUGACUGGCUGAGAACUGCGUUUUCAAGCCACAAUUAGCUGCGAGACUCUGGGACUCCUUCACAAAAUGCCCCUCUCUGGAUUUGAGACCUUGGGCAUUUUCUCCAAGCUAGCAAAGCUGCCCUCAUGAGAUGGCCUUUGGGUAUCGAGGGCCUUCUUGCUAUUCGCUAUGUCGUGUUUGGGGCUUGAAUCAGGAAACAAGAUUAAGGAAAUCAAGCAUUGGCAACGAUUCGGUGAAUGACGAAUUGAUGGAAACGACUCGGGAAAGACAUAAGUUUGGUGCUUUACGGAAAGCAAUGAAUUGGCACAGAAAUGAAAUUGGGACAUGAAAUCCAAUCACGCUUGACGAGACUUUUGAGCGAGAGCCAUUCGGCAGUACUGCAGAUGCUUUUGGUGUUUAUAUCUCACAACGGUUUAAGGGG